CUCAUAUAUAUUCAAACACUUGGCUAUUUCGAUCCAAGAUUAAGAAAUUAGGGUUAAAUCAGAGAGCACGUUACGAAAUGGCAACGAAAGGUACGAAAAGGGUUGAUGCCGUCGAUUCUCGUUCCGCUUCCGUUCUCGUUCGUGCCAAAGAUGGCAGUGCUUUUGCUAAAUGUGAUGAGUGUAAGAAAGAUGUUCCUGUUGCACUCAUUGACAUGCACAAUUGUAGCCUUGAAGCCAAAAUCAAAAUGAAUCUCGAAUCUCAUGCUGUUGAGCAAGCUGCUGAAGUGAAGAAACCUGAGAGGAAGAAGCCAAAUUCAAAAGAACCAAAUGCGAAAAGGGCUAAAGUUGGGAAAGGGAAAAAGGUUAAGGAUCCUAAUGCUCCUAAGCGUCCGCCAACUGCUUUCUUUGUUUUCAUGGAUGAGUUUAGAAAGAUUUUUAAGGAAGCUAACCCUGAUUCAAAGGAUGUUAAGAGGGUUGGUAAGGAAGCUGGUGAGAAGUGGAGGUCUUUGACUGAGGAAGAGAAGAAGCCUUAUUUGGAUAAGGUUGUUGAACUCAAGGCAGAAUAUGAUAAGGCCAUGGAAUUGUAUAAUGCUGCUACUGCUGAAAGUGAAGAUCAAGAGGGUUCAGAUAAGGAAGAUAAGGAAGGCCAGUCUGAUGACAAGGAAACUGCUGCUGCAGGAGAGGUGGAGGAGUUAACUGAUGAAGAGUAGCAGUGACAUUAUAGUGGUUUUCAAACUUGAUUAGUCUGCUGAAAUGACCAUUGCCUUAGUCUAAAGUUGUAUAGUUUGGAACAUGUCUUAGUUAUGUUUAGGGAGUUACUGUUUUGAUGAGUUUGAAGUUUCUGUGCAAUAUCUUUUUGCAUUGUCCUCUUGGAAUAUUUUUAAUGCAAGUUACAUUAUUUUCUACUAGUGAAAGUGUUGUGUUGCCUUCCA